AUGUCGCACUUCCCGCAGACCUCGCGGUCAAAAGCGCCGCCCGCGGGCAACGAAGAAGCCUCCUCCACCAUCAGCCUCGGCGAGUUCCAGGACGUCGACACGCUGACGCUGUCCGAGGCUGCGCUCGUUAUCAACGCGCUGGUGGCGAAGAGGCGGAUCGAUCACAAGAACAUCAACGAGACUGAUUACUGUGGUGAAGUCUGGCUGAUCUUUGUGUGCGCGUUUCCCGCGAGCAGGAUGUUGACGAAGACCGUCGAUUACUUGGACGCAUUCUCUCGCUUCAAGAAGAAGGAGAACGUCGAGGCUGUCGAGCGGCUGCUAAGCGCACACAAGGAGUUCCACAAGUUUGAGCGGGCGCAGCUGGGAUCCCUCUGUUGCGAGACUGCCGAGGAGGCCAAGACGCUCAUCCCGUCCCUCACCGACAAAAUCAGCGAUGAGGAUCUGCAGGAGCUGCUCGACGAGAUGUACAAGCUCAUGCCUCGCUAG